AUGAAGAGCAAGAUAAGCAAGGACUCGUUAAGAGAGAAAAAAUUUCUUGGUGUUUGUAAGAAACCUAAAACGAUUUCGGAGAAUUCAUGUUCCGAGCCCAAAAUAUCGAGGAGAAUGGAACAUUUGGACACUGCUACUCUUAAUUGCCUUAACAAUGAGCAACAACAUAUUAGUUUGGAUUCUUUUACGCGGGAUGUUGAAGCAAAUGAACCUGGAGACCUGCUAGCUGAAGACAGAUCUCUAUCUCAGGCAUAUGCAUCUCCCUUUGAUGGUUCUAGAUCCGUCGAAAAAAUGGACAUUGCCUCUAAAUAUGCGUUAAACACAGAUACGAUAUUUUCACCUGUUCUGGAUGAUGAACUAUAUGCUGAAACUGAUCGAGGAAACAGUGCGCACUGGGAAAUGCCUAGGUGGGGAGCUGAUGAGAGUGGCAACGUUUCCGAUUUCUUUCUCUCUGAUGUGCUAAUUGCAAGCUUGCCAUUUUAUGAGAGUGGAAACGUUGAUGUUUUCACCGAAAUAUGUCCCUUGCCUCGUUACAUCUUUCCAGAGCCAAGUGUGUUACUUGAUGUAGCAGAGCAGUACAUGAUAUUACCUUACCUAGAAGAUGGAUCAGCCUGCAGUGAUGAUGUUAAGUCUGAUGAGGACCAAAGGAUUAAAGUCGAUAAACAUGACUUAUUUAUGGCAUUCAAUCAGUCAAGAUCACAGAACUUAGAAGCAGCAGAGGAAUCUGAACAAACUGAAGAUUUUGACCCACAGCUUUUCAUAAAAAACCAACCGGAACUAUCGGAUGUCGUAUCCAAUUAUUUCCCUGAUAUGCAGCUUAGGGGUUUCCCAAAAAGGAAGGCUGUAACCCUUGUUCUUGAUUUAGAUGAAACGCUGGUCCAUUCGACGCUGGAAGCUUGCAGAGAUACAGAUUUUUCCUUCAGAGUCUCGUUCAAUAUGCAAGAGAACACUGUUUACGUGAAACAAAGGCCACACCUUUACAGGUUCUUGGAGAGAGUGGUUGAACUGUUUCAUGUUGUCAUCUUCACGGCUAGCCACAGCAUCUACGCCUCACAGCUUCUAGAUAUAUUGGAUCCAGACAGGAAGUUUGUAUCGGAACGUUUUUACCGGGAUUCAUGCAUUCUUUCAGAUGGUAUCUAUACCAAGGACUUAACUGUUUUGGGUCUUGAUCUUGCAAAAGUGGCUAUAGUUGAUAACUGUCCACAGGUGUACAGAUUGCAAAACAAUAAUGGGAUACCUAUCAAAAGUUGGUAUGAUGAUCCAACUGAUGAUGGUUUGAUUUCAUUGCUUCCCUUCUUAGAGUCAUUGGCUGAUGCCAACGAUGUCCGUCCUAUCAUUGCCAAGAGAUUUGGUAACAACGAAUAA